AUGGGCGCGGGCGGGAGCCGGGCGCGGCAGAACGCGAUGCGCUCGGGGGUGGUGGUGCUGGGCGCCGUGGCCUUCGGCUACCUCUCGUUCCGCGUCGGCUUCAAGCCCUACCUCGACCAGGCCCAGGAGGCCAUGGACUCCGCCCGCGACCCCGACCCCACCGCCGCCGCCGCCGCCGCCGCGGCAAGGGACGCGUCCGACGACCCCGGCGCUGCUGGGGGAGACCUCGCGCCGUCCAAGGAUCCGGCCGUCGUGCUCCGCGACUGA